AUGGCAGAAGCUUCGGCGGACGCCCCACCCGUUCCUGUAACAGUGAAGAAGAAGAAGAGCCUGUCCAUUGAGGAGAAGAUUGACAUCAUAAACGCCGUGGAAAGUGGCAAGAAAAAAGCAGAGAUUGCCGCUGAAUAUGGCAUCAAGAAAAAUUCCCUGUCUUCUAUUAUGAAGAAUAAAGACAAAGUUCUAGAAGCCUUUGAGUCUCUGAGAUUUGAUCCAAAGAGAAAAAGACUGAGAACUGCUUUUUACACCGAUCUGGAAGAGGCAUUAAUGAGAUGGUAUCGAAUUGCUCAGUGUCUAAAUGUACCAGUUAACGGCCCGAUGUUGCGCCUGAAAGCUAACGAUUUUGCCCAGAAACUGGGACAUAAUGAUUUUAAGUGUAGUAAUGGCUGGCUGGAUCGUUUUAAAUCCAGGUAUGGCUUAGUGUUUAGAGCUCAACCUGUAGAAGCCACAGGUCUAUCUGUAGACCCUUCAACUGUCUGGCAUCAAAAUAUACUUCCUUAUUACUUAAAUGACUAUCACCCUAAAAAUGUCUUUAAUAUAGAAGAGACUGGGCUGCUUUAUCGGAUGUUACCUACAAACACCUUUGCCUUUAAAGGAGAAACAUGCUCCGUUGGAAAGUUAUACAAAGACCGGAUAACUCUGGCGGUCGGCGCCAACAUGGACGGCUCAGAGAAACUGCCUUUGCUUGUCAUCGGGAAAAACAAAAACCCGCAGUGUUUCAAAGGUAUAACGUCAUUGCCUGUGCACUAUGCAGCUCACAGGAUGGCAUGGAUGAGCUCAGACAUAUUUCAACAGUGGAUGCAGAAGCUUGAUGAGAAAUUUCAAGCGCAGCAACGCAGAGUAGUGGUUUUCGUGGAGUCCUCAUCGGCACAUCCCGAGGUAAAGAAUCUCAAGUCCAUUGAGCUCGCCUUCUUCCCAUCAUGUCUGUCUUCCAGAUUUGUAGCCAUGAAGCGAGGGGUUCUGAAAAGCCUUAAAAUCAACUACCGGCAUUGCCUUCUCAAGAAGUUUUUAAGUUCCGUUGAAGGCAGCCAGGAGUUUAUGUUUUCACUGCUGGAUGCGGUGGACACACUGCAUCUCUGCUGGAGGGCUGUGACCCCAGAGACUAUAGCGAAAAGCUUUGAAGAGGCAGGAUUCAAAAGUCCGAAAGAAGAAAGUGACCCCCCAGCAGAGGCGGAGGGAGACGCUGGUGUUGAUUCUGUGGCUCAGGCGCUCGGGACAGAGGUGGAGCUGCCGGAAGGGUUGUCCAUAGAGGAGUACGCUGCCUUGGACGACGGGCUGGAAACCUGUGAAGCGGCACCGAGGGAUGACUCGGGGUGCACCCAGGAAAGUAAAUCGGAUGAAACUGGACCGUAUACUUCUGAUGAAGAGGAGGAUGAUGGGUCUCUAGGGACUGAACUUCCUCUGCCCUCAAAAAAUGAGGCAGUAACCGCUUUAGGCACUCUUAAAACAUUUCUUAGAAGUCAAGAUAUGAGUGAUGGGCUUCAUAAUUCUUUAGCAGAUGUUGAAAAUUUUCUGAACUCUUUACCACCUAAGUGA